UAUUAACCAAUCCUUGGUGCGAUGUGACGUCAGGAAAUUCAGGCGCAGAAUCCACAUCUCUAGACUUCCGAUUACUCACAUUCUGUCGAGUUUUCGCAUUUUAUUACGCAAAACGUCUGGAAAUUUAAAUGUAAUUUGAUUUUCAGAAAACAUGAUAUACUUUUAAUGGAAAUACUUUUUAUGAUAAUAAAAUAAUUUAUAUCUUUGUAUCUUGUAAAGAAUUACAUUAUCAACAAGUCUACAAAUAUUUAUGUUUUUACAUAUCAAGUGAAUAUAAACUUUCUCAAGAUGACAUCUACUGUAUUAGUUAAAUUACCAACUGUACCUUUUCCUCAAGGAAAGAAAUCACCAUCAGAUAUAAUAACAUUAACAGAAAGAAAUGAAGGAUUGAAUCAAAGUAUAAGGCAUCAAACUAUAAAUAUUGAUAGAAUAGCACAAUUGGAACAAAAUAUGAAAUUUUUACAAGAACAACAUCAAGCAACUUUAGUAGCUUUGCAUCAAGAAGUAGAAUCCUUACGUCAAAAGAAUAGAGAUUUACAGUUUCAAUUAGUAUUUUCAAAAGGAUCUUAUUUACCUAGCAGUCCUUCUUCUCCUGAAGAUAAUGGAACUGGGUUUAUGAAACCAAAGGGUAGCCCAGUAUGUGUAAAUAUUACACCAUUACAAGUAGAACUUUUGGAGAAAGAUUUACAAGAUACAAAAGUAUCUUUACAAGAAGCUAGAAUACAGAAUCAGUAUUUAUCUGAAAUUAUUGAACAACAAAAAAAGAAAUUGAAUUCUCUAGAAGAACAAAAAAUAAAUAAAGAAUCAAUGACAGAUGUAGGAAUACAGGUGGGAGAUACGUUUGAUUCUACUCGAGCACAUUUAGUUGCAUGUUUGGAAAGCACAGAAGCGGUGAUAAAACGAUUACGUAAACAAAAUGAGGAACAAAGAGAAGAGAUUGCAACAUUGAAAGCAACGUCGACAAAUACAAAUGGUAACAAAGGAGCUCGAUCUCGUGAUAGUAAUAAUAGUCAUCAUAGUCGUGGAUCACCUACGAGCACCUUACAAGAACAAUCUCCUCAUAUAUUUCCUCCAUUACAAAGUUAUUGGCAUCAUAAAACAAUUAGGAACGGAAGAAAUCGACAUAAUAAAUUAGAUCAUCAAACAGAAAUGGAUGCGACUAUGUUACCACAACUUCAAAAUAGCAAUAUAAAAUUAAAAAAUUUUAAUUCGAUGAUGUUUGAAUCUUUGUGUUAUCGGUCUCGUGGACAUCGCAAUUACUAUCGCGAUGAAAGUAACCGAAAAUAUAGAGGAAACAUUUCACAAAAAGAUCGUAGAGAUAGUGAUCAUAAUCAUCAUCAUAAUCGACGGGAUUAUAAAGAUAGAAGUUCUAAAAAUCAACAAAAAGAAUUAGCAGAUUCAGCAGAAGGAUCAAGCGAGGCUGAUAAUUCUGCGAGUGGUAAAUCAUAAAAUAAAAAUAGUCUGUUAAUACAUCAGAUGGUAGCAGACAUCCUGUUCUCUAUUCUCUAUAUGAAUUACAUAAAGAAGACUUUAAAAGCGAUAUAUUUGUUAAUAAAAGAAUGAUCUGCGUUUUCUUAUAUUCGCUUUAAUAAGAUAGUAUUAGUUACAUGCAUAUCGCUUAAAGUAGGAUAGUCAUAAUAUCAAUUUAUGUAAACUUUAAUGUAAAAAUCUAGUCAAAUUUUACUCCUUACUACUGAUACAAAACAAAAACAAAA